CCACGCCGCACACACGUAAUUUCCAUCCCUCAAAUUUCUCGAUACCCCCGGUCCGUUCAACUACCACCGGCCGAUCGUGGACUCGUAGCACUGACCUAGCUGUCGACCUGCCUCCGCGAUUAUGGCCUCCGUGGUGGUCUCCCCCACCUUCUUUCGCCGCUCAUCAUCUUCCUCCUGCUCGAUCAACCUUAGAGUUCGCGCCAAGCCCCUUCGCCGCCGCCUCGACUCUUCCUCAUUCGCCCCGAGCCCUCUGCGAUGCGGAAUGAUGGAGCCGCUGGAAUUCGGGAAUGGAUCCCCGCCCGUCAUCCCGAUCCUCAAUGAUAAGAUGUCGCCGGGAUUACUGGUGUCGCCGCAAACCCGAGGAACGGGCGGGAACCAUGACUCCAGGCUUCGGAUUUUUUCUGGAAACGCUAAUCCAGCACUCGCUCAGGAAAUUGCAAGCUACUUGGGCCUUCAACUCGGGAAAAUCAAGAUAAAGAGGUUUGCAGAUGGUGAAAUAUACGUCCAAUUGCAGGAGAGUGUGAGGGGAUGUGACGUGUUUUUAGUCCAACCAACAUGCCCCCCAGCAAAUGAGAACCUUAUGGAGCUUCUGAUCAUGAUUGAUGCAUGCCGCAGAGCAUCUGCUAAAAACAUUACUGCAGUUAUACCAUAUUUUGGUUAUUCUAGAGCUGACAGAAAAACUCAAGAGCGAGAAUCAAUCGGAGCCAAACUUGUCGCGAACUUAAUUACAAAAGCUGGUGCAAACCGUGUACUUGCGUGCGAUCUGCAUUCUGGGCAGUCCAUGGGAUACUUUGAUAUCCCAGUGGAUCAUGUUUAUGCUCAACCUGUCAUUCUUGAUUACCUCUCCAGCAAAACGAUUAGUUCAGAUGAUUUGGUAGUGGUGUCUCCCGAUGUUGGUGGUGUGGCAAGAGCACGUGCUUUUGCCAAGAAGUUAUCAGAUGCACCUCUUGCAAUUGUGGAUAAAAGGCGUCAUGGACACAAUGCUGCUGAGGUACUUAAUCUGAUUGGAGAUGUUAAAGGAAAGGUUGCUAUAAUGUUGGAUGAUAUGAUCGAUACUGCUGGAACUAUUGUAAAGGGUGCAACUUUACUACAUCAAGAGGGAGCUAAAGAAGUUUUUGCUUGCAGCACACAUGCAGUUUUUAGCCCUCCUGCAGUUGAGAGGUUAUCAAGUGACUUAUUUCAAGAAGUCAUCGUCACAAACACCAUCCCGGUGCCCGAGCAGAACAGUUUCCCACAGCUAACAGUUCUUUCUGUGGCAAAUAUAUUGGGCGAAACAAUCUGGCGAGUUCAUGAUGAUUGUUCAUUAAGUAGCAUCUUUCAAUGAUUCGAUUAUAGUGAAAAAUGUUCUUUUAUUUCUUUUAAACUUUGUCAUGUUUCUUAACUACGAGCCACUUGAUGAAAUCAUUGUUAGUUUCA